AUGACUGAGAAGGGGCAAGAUAAACUGCCUAGUACUACUCAGGUGAAUCCUGAAGAAGCUACAAUGGCAAUAACUCUUCGCUCAGGGAAGGUGUUGGAUGAUCCACAAGCUAAAGUAAAGCCGGUACUUGAGAAGAAAAAUGAGGUUAAAAUGGAUGAUGGAACUGAAAAAAUUGAAGAUGAGCAUGAUGGCUUGGGCAAAAAGUGUGAAGAUGAUCAAUGUAUAAAGGUGCCAGAAGUUAAAACUUAUGUGCCACUUAUCCCCUUCCUGCAAAGGUUUAAGAAGAAGGCAGCUGAUGAGAUAUAUCAAAAGUUCGUGGAUAUGUUUAAGAAGUUACAAGUUAAUAUGCCUUUCUCCGAAGUUUUGGCAAAUAUCCUUGCUUAUGCAAAGUUCUUAAAGGAGAUAGUAUCUAAUAAAAAGAAGUUAAAGGACUUUGCAGAGGUGUCCCUUACUGAGGAAUGCAAUGCAGUACUCCAAAAUCGUCUUCUAAUUAAGAUGAAAGAUCCAGGGAGUUUUACUGUGCCUUGUCAAUUUGAACAUCUUCUUGUUGAUAAAUGUUUAUGUGACCUUGGCUCUAGUGUUAAUUUGAUGCCUUUAUCAUUUUUUAGGAAAUUGAAGUUUACCAACAUAGUGCCUACUCAAGUGAUUCUACAAUUGGCUGAUCAUUCAGUGUGUUAUCCAAUGGGUAUUGUAGAAGAUCUAUUGGUUAAAGUUGGUAAAUUUUAUUUUCCUACUGAUUUUAUUGUUUUUUAUAUGGAGGAAGAUAUUUCUAUACCUAUUAUCCUUGGUAGAGGAUUCUUAGCUACGAGGGGAGCUACUAUGGAUUUACUUGAAGGAAAAUUAACUCUAAAGGUUGGUACAGAGAAAGAAGAAUUUAAUGUUUUUAAACCCUUAAAGUAUCCUUCUUAUGAGGAAUCUUGUUCCUAUAUUGCUGCUACUAAUGAGUUGUAUGGUGAAAAAUGUCUUAGAGCAGGACAUAGGUUUUUUGCCUUUGCAUGA